UAUAAUAUACCGAGGAAAAAAAAAGAGUGUUAUAUUUGAAGCUUUGCUUGCCACCAUCGUUUUUACGCACGAAGAUCUAUCUGUUCGUCUUUCAUUUUUUCAAGGUUUCGAUCUCUCCGACUCAAUCAAAUUCGAAAAGUUCCACAUCUCUCACUCUCACCCACCCGCAAUCAGGCCGCGACCGGUGAAAUCUCCGUCGUACUCAAAGCCUCCAUAUCCUCUCUCUGUAUCAAUCUCUGACUCUGAUUUUUCAUGUUUCAAUCUCUCCACAAACCCUAAAACUGUUAAAAAAAUUUCAAGUUACGAGGAUGAAUGCAACGUUAAUCUGCGUCCCUAUAAUGGGCGAAACAAUCCAAAAAAUGAUAGCUGAUAUACAAAAAGCUAAACUUAAUGGAGCUGACCUUGUCGAAAUUCGAUUAGAUUCUCUAAAAACUUUCAACCCCUCUCAAGAUCUUAAUACUUUCAUGCAGCAGCAUCAUUCUUUGCCCUUCUUGUUCACUUACAGGCCCAAAUGGGAAGGUGGUAUGUAUGAAGGUGAUGAAAAUCAACGCUUGGAUGCAUUACGGUUAGCCAUGGAAUUGGAAGCUGAUUACAUUGACAUUGAACUUAAGGUUGCUCACCAGUUCUACGACUCUAUACGCGGGAAGACAUACAAUAAAACCAAGGUCAUUGUUUCAUCUCACAAUUAUCAGCAAACUCCGUCAGUUGAGGAUCUUGGCAACCUUGUAGCAAGAAUACAAGCAACUGGGGCAGACAUAGUAAAGAUUGCAACGACUGCCGUUGAGAUCACGGAUGUGGCGCGGAUGUUUGAAAUUAUGGUGCAUUCUCAAGUAAGACACGUUCCAUUCAUUGGACUUGUUAUGGGCGACAGGGGAUUAAUUUCACGUAUACUUUGUGCGAAAUUUGGUGGGUAUCUUACUUUUGGUACGCUCGAGUCAGGGGUAGUUUCAGCUCCAGGUCAACCUACACUUAAGGAUCUGUUGCAUUUAUACAAUUUCAGACAAAUUGGACCUGAUACAAAAGUAUAUGGGAUUGUUGGAAAGCCUGUCAGUCACAGUAAAUCACCCAUAUUGUUCAAUGAAGCCUUCAAGACAAUUGGUUUUGAUGGAGUUUUUGUAUUUUUAUUGGUGGAUGAUCUUGCCAAUUUUUUAAGGACUUACUCAUCAACAGAUUUUGUGGGAUUCAGCGUUACCAUUCCUCACAAGGAGGCAGCCCUUAAGUGUUGUGACGAGGUUGAUCCAGUGGCUAAGUCAAUAGGAGCUGUAAACUGCGUUGUAAGAAGACCAACGGAUGGGAAGUUGAUUGGCUAUAAUACAGAUUAUGUUGGUGCUAUUUCUGCUAUUGAGGAUGGGCUACGAGGUAAACAUAUUGAUAGUGGCACAGCUGUUUCACCAUUAGCUGGUAAGCUGUUUGUUGUUAUUGGGGCCGGUGGUGCUGGGAAGGCACUUGCUUAUGGUGCAAAAGAGAAAGGAGCAAGGAUUGUGAUUGCAAACCGCACCUAUGAUCGUGCCAGAGAACUUGCUGAUGUAAUCGGUGGAGAUGCUCUUACCCUCAAUGAUUUAGAUAAUUACCAUCCAGAGGAUGGUAUGAUUCUAGCAAACACAACUUCAAUCGGAAUGCAACCAAAAGUUGAUGAAACACCUAUUUCAAAGCAUGCAUUGAAAUUUUACUCUCUGGUUUUUGAUGCUGUCUACACGCCAAAAAUGACUAGACUGUUGAAAGAAGCAGAAGAAUCUGGAGCUACUAUUGUAACAGGACUGGAGAUGUUUAUUGGACAAGCAUAUCGACAAUAUGAGCAUUAUACUGGAUUGCCAGCACCAAAAGAACUCUUCAGAAAAAUUAUGGAAAACUAUUGACGAGAGUGCAUCUUAAUCCUAGAAGCAGGAUGGUGAGCAGCAUUGCUUACAUUUGUUGUUUUAACUUCAUGGUUGUGAGCGCUGGUUGAGUUUGUUCAAUCUUUUCAACAUAGAUGGUGAGCAGCAUUGCUUACAUUUACUGCAUUUAUCCUUCCCGGCAAUCACAAUGAAUAUUAGCAAAAAGUUUUGCCUUGUAAUUUGCACUGUAUGUAUGUAACUUUUUAAAGCUGAAGAAGAAUUGUUUUUUGAUUGAUUUUUUUGAGGAAAAUUAAACAAAAAUACUAGCAAGGUACUUGCUUUUGAUGAGCGUUUGUAUGUGUAAUAACAACUCAAAUGGUAACAAUUCUUUCAAAACUAAAAAUGAGUUUUAGAA